AUGGCUAUUCCUGAGUGGAAUGGGUACAUCCUUGAUGAACCUAUCAUAGAAGCGCCUAAACUUGAGUCUGCUCAGGAAGCAAGAGAUGCUUAUCGAAAGUAUCUUGAUGGUGCCGACAUUGUACAAUGUAUUUUGCUAGCAUCAUUGACACCUGAUAUGCAAGAGCAACAUGAGAAUAUGGAUGUUUAUUCCAUUGUCACACAUCUCAAGGAGCUCUUUCAGAAGCGUGCUAAACAUGAAUGUUACAAGGUGUCGAAGGCAUUAUACAGAUGUCGAAUGUCUGAGGGAAACACGGCUAGCCCACAUGUAGUCAAGAUCAUUGGCUAUAUUAAAAAGCUUGAAAAACUGGGAUUUGCUAUGGAUGCAGAACUUCCUAUAGACUUGGUUAUGCAAUCCUUGCCUGCCUCCUUCUCCAAAUUCAUAAUGAACUUUAAUAUGAAUUCAAUGGAGAAGUCUCUCUUAGAGCUCCUGAAUAUGCUGAAGACAACAGAGAAAGACAUGAAGAAGUUCAAACCAGGGAUGCUAGUUGAUGCUGCACCAUGGAAAGGAAGGGUAAACAGGGCGAAGAAAAAGCCAAGGGCAACUCUAAAUUUAAGCCUAAAACCCAAGAUGCCCUUAAACCUACUAGAGGCAUGA